UGGACCCAAAGUCCUCCCCACCAUACAGAAAAUAGAAGCACAUCCAAGAAAAGCUGUAGUCACUUUAAUAUCAAUUCUCUCUCUCUCUCUCUUUUUCUUUCUUCAAAUAAAUGACAAAAAGAAAGUUUCAUCCAUCAUCCCAUCAACACAAAUAUAAAACCCUUUUCUUUUGAAUCCUUGAGUCACCCAAGUAGCAGACAUUAUAAUAUAUAAAGCCUACCAUCCACAUCAACUUUUGCCUUCUCCAAUCACACGCCUUCAAAAAAACACUUCAUCCAACCAAACGCGUCCAAAGCAAAACCCUAUAUAUUUUCACCCCCACUAUAUCUCUCCAAGUCUCCAUCCACCUCCCAUUUUUAACCAAAACAAAAGUCAUACCAAAAAAAAAACAAAAAUGAUAGAUCAAGAGAGACAAGCUGGAACUGCGCCCCAUGGGAUUCUACUGGCAGCUGUGGUUGUGGCAGUGAUCGUGGUGCCGUUUUUUCUUGGUGACCAAGGCGAGGCCAUAACCGAAGGCAUUUCUGAGCUCUUGAGCCCUGUGGGUCUUCUUCUCUUGCCCAUUAUUCUCCUCCUCACCAUCCAGUUUCUGUCUUCGGAUCGCGGCUCCUUCGUCUCCUCCAUGUUCUCAAACGGGGAGCCUGACACCAUUCACAGGGUCAGCGGCUCCCCUGUUGGCGUUGCAUUGUUUCUCGUCCUCAUCCUCUUCCUUCUUUACAACCGGAUAUCGAUCUUCGGCGGCGGCGACGAUGAUGAGUGACGAUUAGCAACAUGUCAACAUGGUAAUUAGCAUGGAUCUGGCUUUGGAGGAUUUUAUUUAUAAAUUAAUUAUACCGUCUAGAAAGGGAUACGAGUAUUGGGGUACGUACUUGAACUUCUUUUUCAUAUAUGAAAUGAACAUGGGUGGGGAUGGUUUGUAAUUAGAGCGAAUACCAAGCUGAGGAGUGGAAUUUCACGGUGAUAGUUUGAGGGUAUUUUGGUCAUUCUGAAUAGUUGAGGAGGGCUUUUGACAUGUCGGUGCGCGGAGGCGCGGUGUUUUGCCCUCUUCGGCUCCAUCUUUGACUACUUUGCUUUUUGUCGUUUUGUGGCCUGCCCCCUUCACGCUUGCACGUGGACGCUCCUUUUUAUUUCGUCUCUUUUACUUUUUAAUGCAUUCUAUUUCGUUUACCAAAA